AUGUUUGCGUUAGGGUAUCGAAGUUUUGGGUGCUUCUAUGGAAAGGUUCAUAUGUUGGAGAAGUUGAUAUGGUUUAGAAUGUACUGGUUGGCUGAAUGGCAUUAUGAGAGCGAAGGGACAGGGCCGCGUGAGCGCACGAUAACGAGGUUGUCACGACGUUCCCGCCCAAGGAACAGGCACGAGAGGGAGGUGGAGAACCGAGGGACAACUGAGAGGGGAGAGAGAGAACCGGGAGCGUGUGCAACGGGGGCACAGGGACGCGCACUAGUGAAAGGAACAACUCGCCGUGGAGGAAGAGGAUUGAAAAGUGCCGCGACUGAAAGCCCGAUUAUUUUCCGCUCCUUGUCGUUCCCGCCUAAUCAGCGAAUUAAAGCAAGCCUGCGGGGGCCACCAUCUGUCUUCUCCUAUGGCUCGUCGUCUUCUUCUUCUUCUCUCUGGUGA